GAAACUCAUUUUACAUUCACAAUCACAGACACUUUGUUACAAUUUAGAAAGAAACGAAAAAUGGCAAAAGCGAAAGAUGUAUCAACAAUGAUGGUUCUGCUAAUAACGAUAAUGCCACUGGCUGCUCAUGGAUCGAGACUGUAUAGUUGGGCUAAUCGGCUUGAGGAAACAAGUAAGGAGAAGGUAACAAACCUUCAGUUCUACUUCCAUGACACCUUGAGCGGCAAGAAUCCGACUGCCGUUAAAGUGGCUCAGGGCACAGACACCGACAAAUCCCCAACGCUGUUUGGCGCUGUGUUCAUGGUCGACGACGCUCUAACGGAGACUGCUGAUCCAAAAUCCAAACUCGUGGGACGAGCUCAAGGCCUUUACGGUGCUUCAUGUAAAGAAGAGGUAGGUUUGAUAAUGGCCAUGAGCUUCUGUUUCGAGGACGGUCCAUACAAGGACAGUACCAUAAGCAUGAUCGGGAAGAACUCCGUGAUGAACCCAAUCCGAGAAAUGCCGAUUGUUGGCGGCACGGGAAUGUUUCGAAUGGCUCGUGGCUACGCUAUUGCUAAGACCAAUUGGUUCGAUCCCAAGACCGGUGAUGCCAUCGUUGGCUAUAACGUUACCGUUGUGCACUAGAAAUUAAGGCUUUGUUUCACU